UUCUUUUUUUUCCACGAUCACCAAAAACCCAUUUUGAUGCGUACGAGAUUUUAUUUUCUCUGCCAUUUAGAGGCUUCUUGGGGGUGGUGCGUACGAUGAUUGAAUGAGGCUUCAAACUUGAAAAUAUUCGGAAUUUGUGUUUGUUGGAAUUGUUUCAUUCUUUUGGCAGCUUAGGUUUAGGAAAUGCCGCUAAUCUGGGUGAUCAAAUUCGGGGUUUGCUAAGUAUUUUGAAAGCAGAAGAAACCGGAAGAGCUAAGUCUGGGGAAGAAGGUGCACAAUAGAAUGUUAAGUUUGUCAACACCCACCAUAAAAGAAGCAGUAUAAGAUCAACAAGAGAAGCAGCAAAUUAAAAAGAGAAAAAUUAGACACCAAAAUGGCACUGAAGAACAACAUCAAUAGCAGCAUAUCAACAUCACUGCCAUGCUCUGUUCCCAUUCUCUUCCUCACUUUCACUUCCAUCUGCACUGUCUCUCUCUCGCUUUUCUUCUUCCUCUUCACUUCACCUUCCUCUAGAUCUUCUUCAUCUCUGAUUUCCCAAAAUGCCCUUCCCUCUGACCCCAUCAAAGUCUACGUCGCUGACCUCCCCAGAUCCCUCAACUAUGGCCUCCUUGAGAAAUACUGGUCCUCAGGUUCCGAUUCCAGGCUCGGAAGGGACACCGACAAUGAGAUUCAAUCAAAGAAGAUCCAUUCGCAAGAGAGGAAUCUCAAGUUCCCUCCUUAUCCUGAGAAUCCACUGAUCAAGCAGUACAGCGCAGAGUACUGGAUCCUGGGAGACCUGAUGACGCCAUCCGAGCAGAGAACAUCAUCGUUUGCGAAGAGGGUCUAUGACGUCAGAGAAUCUGACAUUGUUUUCGUGCCGUUCUUCGCGACGCUGAGUGCUGAAAUGCAGCUGGGUAAGGGUAAAGGAUUGUUUAGGAAGAAGGUCGGGAAUGAGGAUUAUGAAAGGCAGAGGGAAGUUGUGGAUUUUGUGAAGAACAGUGAGGCUUGGAAGCGCUCUGGUGGUAGAGAUCAUGUGUUUGUUCUAACUGACCCGGUUGCAAUGUGGCAUGUUAGAGAAGAGAUAGCCCCAGCUAUCCUCUUGGUGGUUGACUUUGGUGGGUGGUACAGGCUCGACUCGAAAUCAUCGGGCGGUGGGAACUCAUCGGAUAUGAUUCAGCAUACCCAAGUGUCGCUACUCAAAGAUGUGAUCGUUCCAUACACCCAUCUACUCCCUAGAUUGCACUUGGCAGAAAACAAGAAACGUCAAACCCUUCUUUAUUUUAAAGGGGCUAAACACAGGCACCGGCAGGGUGGCCUGGUUCGAGAAAAAUUGUGGGACUUGUUGGUUGAUGAACCAGGCGUAAUUAUGGAAGAAGGCUUUCCUAAUGCUACAGGGAGAGAGCAGUCGAUCAAAGGGAUGAGAUCAUCUGAGUUCUGCUUGCACCCUGCUGGGGACACUCCCACAUCAUGCCGAUUUUUUGAUGCCGUUCAAAGUCUCUGCAUACCAGUUAUUGUUAGCGAUAACAUCGAGCUCCCAUUUGAAGGGAUGUUGGAUUAUUCCGAGUUCUCAGUUUUUGUGGCUGUUAGUGAUGCAUUGAAACCUAACUGGCUAGUGAGUCACCUCAGGAGCUUCUCAAAAGAACAGAGGGAUGGAUAUCGACGGAAAAUGGCCGAAGUGCAGCCUAUUUUUCAGUAUGAUAAUGGUUAUCCGGGCGGCAUCGGGCCAAUUCCUCGUGGUGGUGCAGUCAAUCAUAUAUGGAAAAAGGUCCAUCAAAAACUACCCGUGAUAAAGGAAGCCAUCGUUCGCGAGAAGAGAAAACCACCGGGUGUAUCAGUUCCACUUCGCUGCCAUUGUACUUGACUUCACUUUUUUUUUCUUUUUUUCUUUUUAUAUUUGUACUUCUAUAAUUAAUGUAUCUUUCUUUUUUUUUUUCUACCCCUUUAUGAUAGUUGUGAAUUGCAAUGGUCUAAAAGAUAAAAUGAUCGAUUUGCAUGACCCAUUGGCAAAAUUAACCUCCUUGGAAACUUCUUUCCCUUUGUCUGA